CUGCCCGGAAACGACCACUGUGAAGCGAACAGAAGUACCCGAAGGAAGACGGGGGCACUAAAAAUUGACACGGGGCGGAAAAUAUUUGACCGGCCAUAAUCCGUUGUAAAAUUAAAGCAACAAACCGACCAGAAGAACGGUUUCGGUCGAAAUCCUGUGUUGAUAAAAAUACGGCGAGAGGGUGAACGUUAGCGAGCUUAGCCAGCGGAAAUCGGGGGUUGUUUAACGGACCGAGAGCGAUGGAGAGGCCUCCGAGAGUGUUUUUCCACGGGAUGAGGAAAAAUGACCUGCUAACCUGAAAUCGGAAACCGCCUUUGUGCACAUCUACGCUUUCGGCGCCUUUUUCGCAUAAGUUAUUUUCACGCUUUGCUCUUCAAGAGGACUUUCUCCGUUCACGUGCAGAGGGAUGUGAUUGAAAAAGGGAAUUCAGCUCUCCCCUCUCCCUCACCCCCUGCACAGUUGACAAAAUCAUACGGACAACAAUCGACGCAUUUCCUCAAGGCCUCGGACUGACAAGGUGCCACAGGAGGAGGUUUGACGAACUACUAGGUCAUAACACUGUGCUUGCGGCCUUUCAGCUGAGGCGUUAUAGAAAGAGAUGAAGACUUUCCUAAGGAAAUCACAAAGUGGGACCAUUGCAAGCAUCAUUUUUCAAGGAAAUACAGAAAUAGAAAGAAAGACAUUCCCUCUUCAAAUUUAAUGACUUUCAACACUAAAUAAUUUGGUUUUUAGUGAAAAAUAUAGUUUGACGCAAAUUUCAUAUGCUAUUAACAGAUAACGAUUUUACUGUUUUAAAUGUAGACAUACUAAUUUUAAAAGACUAACGUAAACCCCUGCUUAUUGCAUGAUAUUGUGAAACAUCAUUUGCUCUUUUUUGUUACUUAUUUAUAGAUAACUAUUUAAUCAAAUGCUUCCAUAAUUUUACCACAUGUAGUGGCCCACUGUUAUAGCCAAAAUUUGUUUUAUUUCUGGAAUGGACUGUCACAACCUCAGAUAAAUUAAUUUUGUAAAGACAUUUAUUUUAAAAACUUGAGCUGCUAGCAGAUUACUUUAAAGCUUUAUAUUGAUUAUUAGAGGCCACAAUUCUUGGAGACAUCUAUUAGAUCUGGUAACAUUGUUCACUUUGCUGGAAAGGACAAACCAACACAAAAUUCUUAAUAACACCCCUUAACAUUGAGAGGGAAAUGUUUCAGUUUGGAAAGUACCCUAUGGACAUUUUAGAGAUGCUCAGUGGACACCAGGCUCACCAGUUCAAAGGACUGGGACUGGAAAGACAACUGCAGCACCAACAGCAGGUCCAACUUCAGCACCAGCAGCAGCUUCAACAGCAGCAGCAACAACAAAGUGAGGCCUCAGGUAGCCUACUGUCUGGGCUUGGUCUUGGUUCCCUUCAAGGAUCUAGAAGUAAUGCAUUUGCCGACUCCUCAUCACUGUUUGCCAAAAUGGGUGCACCCCCUCCACCUCUCCCACAACAAACUCAGUCCUCAUCAUCACAAAGCACACGUAAAUCUAGCAAGAUGAGCAGCAGCAGUGGGAGCGGCAGUUCUGCCUCUGGAUAUCCACAGUUCCUACGUACAUUUCACCCUGCCGAGGCUGCUCUAGCCCAGGAGCAGCUUCACUCAGGAAUGGGACGAUUUGAUUUUGGAGGGGGAAGUACUGGAGGAGGCUCUGGGGUAAUUGGAGGAGUUGUAACAUCCGCCCCACCGCCACCACCCUUGCAUCCUGGCCUCUCUGUUCCUCAGCCAUCCCCUGGACCAUCCUCCUCAUCACCCUCCCCUUCGAGUUCUACCACCACAUCAAAUAAUCCCCCCAGCAGUAGCAGUUCAGUGGCUGGAUUAGUUGGAGCUCAGUCUGAUGCAAGAAGUUUACACCAGCAGUUCAGUUGCAUGCUUGCUGCAAACCAAUACCUGUUUUCUGGAGUGCCCACAAAUGCUAGUUUGGAACAGUUUCUAGUUCAGCAGGGCCCCCAUAAUCAUCUUGGAAUUGCAGACUCCAAUACAGGUCUUGCUCCCCCUCCAGCCCUUCAUCCUUCACAUACCCAUGGCCAUCCAGCCCCCCAGCCCCAACAACAGCAGCAGCAGUUGCCACCUCAUGCGUUGUCUCACCCACACAGCCAUGCCCAUCCACACCACCCUCUUCACCCUGCCCCCCAACCAUCACCUCUUGGUGGUUUUGAUUUCCAAGGCAUUCCCGUUCUUUCCUCUAAUCAGCUGGCUUCCCUUAUGCAACAAGAAGCAGGUCUCCCUUUGCCACUCCCACUACAUCUCUCUGUACCAAAGGAUGAUGGUAAAGGAGAUGGUGUAUCUGGGGCUGGAGGAAGUGGAGGUAGUGGCAGCAGGAGAAAGAAAGCCAUGGCUGGCUACCUGCCCCAGAGAAAGACAGAUGGUAGCAGUAGCAGCAGUACUAGCAGCGCUAACUGCCAUGGCAGCUCUGGGGCACAUGGUCAUGAUGGGUCCUCUGGUCUUGUGGGAGGAGGUGGAGGGGUUGGCAUGAGGGGUCUUGGUGGUGACCCCUCCUCCAUCCUCUCCUCGUCAGCACCGUCCUCCUCUUCUUCAACUGUCUCCUCCUCUUCUUCCUCUGCCCCAUCCUCAAACUCUGCCUCUGUGCUGGUAUCAAAUAUCUCCCAGAACCCCAAAUCUGAAAACCAGCAAUCAAUGACUCCUAAUAUCCCACAGCCUGAGCAAGAGCCUGUUUAUCAUUGUGGAGAGUGUGGCAAGACUUUUUCUCAUCUACCAAGCCUUCGGCGACACAUACGCUGCCACGAAGAAAAUGCUAAUGGUCCCAAUAGCAGCACAAACCCAAGUCAUCAGCAUCAGUCAGAUCUCCCCCACUCAACACAGGAUGGAAUUUCUCAAAAUGCUCACCACCCGCAUGAACAGAAUCCAGACCCAAUGUCUUCCACUUGUUCAAGUCCAGAUAAGUCUUACUGCUGUAAUGAAUGUGGAAAGGGAUUCAAGAAGAGAGGACACCUCCUUCAGCAUGGUGUCAUCCACUCUGGAGAUCGUCCAUAUGCUUGCUCUGUCUGUGAGCGUUCGUUCAACCGACGAGAGUCCCUCACUCGACAUGAGAAAAUUCACGAAGAUAAGCCCUACCGCUGUCCAGCAUGUGGCCGCUGCUUUAGAGAGAGCACUUCGUUGUUAAACCAUGCUGCCUCUGGUAACUGUGGCAAGCCAGGGAGGAGAUCUAGAAGCAGUGAUGGUGACUCAAUAGGUUCAGUAGAGUGCAAGGUUGAAAAUGAUUUCCCAGGUGGACAAAUAAGUGAUGAUAAAGAACUGGUGUUUUGCAAAAAUGAGGAUGGCAUGGCAGGAAUGUCCUGUGAUAGCAUGUAUUCACAGGGAGGAAGUGGUAGGCAAAAUCCUGUAGGCAAAACUGAAGAGAAAUAUAAUCCUGAAUAUUCAAGAGAUCCUUAUCAAACAUCAUACAGGGUUGAUGACUACCGUCGCCAACAGGGUAACCCAUCAUCUUAUUCCACAGACUCAUGUAAUAACAGCAUGUCAAGUCCAGCUCUUAGAAAAGCUCCUUUAGCCCCAACACUUCUUCCACACACUCAAAAUCAGCAGCAGCACCAUCACCAACAGCAAUCUCAUCUUCCCCUCUCCUCUCUUUUGGAUGACUCUGAAGAUGAAGUCACCAGUAGUGCCAUGUCUGCCAUUGCUGCUGCUGCUGCUGCCUCUGUCUUGCCUGCUGAAAUGAACAAUACUGGGGGACGAGAGGAAAGGAGAGACAUCAUUGGAGGUCUGUUAGGUGGACUUGGCUUUGGGUCUAUGGGCCCCUCUUCAUCCACAUCUGCUGGAAAUGGUGGAAACGAAGAAUGCCUAAGUGGAUCAAUGAUACCUUUAUCUCACCCCACCCAGCAGCAGCAACAGCAGCAGCAGCAGCCACCACCUAAUUCACAAAAUGCCAAUCCUAAUGCCAAACCCAAGCGGCCACGCAAGCCCAGGCAGAAAAGAGAGCCGAGACCUGGUGGGGCUCCAGGAGAAGGAGUUAAGCGUCGAAGAAACAAUCAGGGUGGGGCUGCUGGAGAUGGUUCAGAAAGACCUUAUUUGUGCACUGUUUGUGGGCGGGGCUUCAGCAGACGAGAAACUCUACGUCGUCAUGAACGUGUGCAUACAGGGGAAAAGCCUUUUCAUUGUGACAUCUGUGGAAAAGACUUUAGAGAACCUUUUCACCUUACCAAACACCAUACUGUUCACUCGGGGGAGAAGAACUACAAAUGUACGCUCUGUGGAAAAGAUUUCGGAUAUGCACAGAGUCUGAAAAGGCAUGAAAAGCUGCAUCUAAGGGGAGAUUUUAAGCCAAGGCGAAGUAAAACCAAAUCUGCUGCAAAUCAAGGAGGACCUGCAAAUCAAGAACAAACCAAUCAAUCCAACCCUGGCGCUUAUUAUUCUUAUUCUCAGGAGAACAAAGUUCAAGGAUCUAAUGCUAGCACAAGUAACCAACCCCCUCCUAAGCUGUACACAUGUGAGAUUUGUUGGAAAUCUUUCCGUCAUCACUUCCACCUGACUGCCCAUCACCAAGCCAUUCAUGAACAUGGUGGGGAGAAACUUUUUUCAUGUGAAGUCUGUGGCAAGGCUUUCUCCUACUCCAACAGCCUGACCAGACAUAGAUUAUCUCAACACGGUUUGUCCCGUACUGGACCAACAACGCAACCGACAGGAACUGAAUCUAUUGGAAAUGCCCCAUCGGUUUCAGAAAGUGAGGCCGCAACAAAUGCUCUCCUUCAUAUAACACCCGAAAGUGGAGGUCAUGGAGUACAACAGCCCCAUUCAACAAUUGCUCACACGCAGCACCCUCAGCCUGCUGGUUAUUCCCCUCUUUUCUACACUCCUGAGUCAGGACAUCACAGUUCAAAUGUCUCUUCGCACCCCCAACAUUUGCACUACUCCAACCCCAACAUGGGUCCCCUUCAGCUUCAACAGCCAAUAAGCGGAAAGGGGCAGCUAAUUUAUUCAGGGGUUCAAGGAAACACCCUUCAUUCCACUCCACCUCAUAUUCACAUCUCCCCACCCCACCACCCUCAACAUCAUCAACCACAGCACCCGUUUUCAAUGCAGUCUCAACAUUUACAACAAAGCCCUCAGGCCCAAGAGGAUGCCACCCAACGGAAGAAGAAAAAAAAAAAGAAAAAAUAUAAACUGACCAGUGAUUUGCCGUUACUGAGUGGAUUCAGUGCUUAUGAAAUUGCCCGAAGGCAAAUAUAUCUAAAAAGGAAAACAUGCAGACUUCAGCAGCAGCGAAAAAGAAAGAAGUGGAUAGCCCAGCUAAAGUGGGCCAAGUUUACUGGAGGAGGGCUUGGAAUGAAUGUAGGUGGAGGCACGUGGCGUGUGGGGCGAUUAAGGUUUAGAGGCCUGAGGUCACUCGUUGUCCCCCUAAAAUCAUACUCAUGCCCUGUCUGUCCCUUUACAACUUUUUCAAGUCAUAUAACUCUUUCAGUUCACCGUGCAACCAGGCAUCCGCCAAGAAAACAUGGGCGUCACGUUCGCCUGCGCUGCAUAGUCUGUGGAAAACGUUCUCGAAGACUACUGUCGGCUCUUCGUCAUCGGGCCUAUCACCUUUCUCAAGGGGCUUUCUCUUGCUCUCAGUGUCCCUCUCGCUUCUGGAAUGGUGCUCACCUGAGACGCCACAGAUUUGCUUGCCGACAUGUCAGUAGAGGAAACAAAAUCUCAAUAAAGGGGACUAACGUUCAGAAGGCUAUGGACCAGAUUGAAAGAUCAAGAGUUGUGACAGGCUACAGGCACUAAAUAAAUUUAACAUCUACAUAGGCCUUAAAACUUGUUUGGAGGCAAGGAUUGCAUGAAAGUAGGCAUAGAACUCUUUAAUGGAAAGCAUCACACGUUCAAGUCCGUAAAACGUGUGGACAGACUUUAACCAAGAGAGUGCCUCCUAAAAUAAAGACUCAUGAAAAUAAGCCUGUACCCGAAAAUCCAUCCAUUAUAGACAUGGAUCUCUAACAAGGUUUCUCCAAAGGGGAAGAUAUUCUAGAUUGUUUUGGGUUUUUUGGUAGCACCUUUGUUGUAAUGGUAGCAUCUCUAUCCUCUAAAAAUACAUUCAUUAUGUAUUUUCUUAACUUUAUUUGUGCUGCAAUGAUGGAUGCAUACCAGUGAACUAAUCUGAACAGUAACAAUCUAUUCUUUAAACUAGUCCCCUCCCACAGUAUUCAGAUUUUAAAGGUAUAGCCUUUGUUUACUCUCAAAUAUACGUAGCUUUUUGUUCCUUGUGGUCUUGUUUUGUUUUUCCCCCAUUUUGCUGUCAUGUUCAAAUGCAAAUGUUUGACCUGAAACUGAAAGCAGAUAGAGUUCAUAGUCUGUGUAUUCCCUUUGAACAACUAUAAUGACACUUAAUGUUAAAUUAAACUCUGUUUUAGAGAUAAUCCAUCAGGAAACUGUCAAAAUGUGCAAAAAAUUCUGCAUAGCUGAUGCAGAGGGGACAGAAUGGCCCUGUUGAUGCCAUGUUCCUGUGUUUAUUGUCACCUGUUUUUUAAGAAAUAUGUAAUGAACCUUUGCAGGUGUUUCUAUGGCAAGUGUUAAUGUCUUCAAUUGCAAGAUUGGCUAGAGGGAGAGAGGAAUUGCCAGUCUGUACUGUACAAUCCGUAUUAUAUUUUAUUAUAUAACAGUUGUGUUCUUUUUUAUUAUUCAAAGUAUAAGUUCUUUUUUUUUAUCAUUUUUACUAUUUUAGGGGUGGGUGGGGUUUGUGGCAGGGUCUAUCAUUGUAAGAUGUGGGGAAUAUAUGUAUCAGUGUGAUUUUUGUUCCCUGCCCCUUUAACCCAAACCACAGCUUAGCCCAACUUUCCCAACACUAUUGUAUUCAUUGUCAAAACUUUACUUAGAUCUACUGUUCCAAUGUUUUCCUCUCAGUAAACUAAAAUACAAAAUAUAAAUACUAAACAGUUUCUUUUUCUGAGCCAACAGAGAUGUUGAGUUCCUCAGAAAACAAAUAAAACAAAUGUCCAAAAAUA